GCCAUUCUCUACUGUCUGCCGCGGAUCCUGUGGAAUGUCUACACCUACAACAGGACAGGGGCGGAUUUGCAGAAUCUGGUGAGGAGUGCAAACGCAGCCUCGAAAGAGGAUGAUGACAAGCGUCAGAAAACAGUUCGCCACAUUGCAAAGACCCUCGAACUAUUGCUCUUCUCUCGGCGAGAAUAUCGCGGCAACCAAGGCGGCAUCGGUGUCAGUGUUAGACACGCGUUGUCGGUGCUGCCUGGCAAACGACAUGGCAACAACUUGGUCUACUAUUAUGUUGGCGUCAAACUACUCUACGUGCUGGUCGGGUUUAUGCAGUUGCGGCUGAUGUACUUUUUCCUUCGCUUCGACUCCAAAGAGGGCUAUCUGUGGUUCGGCUGGCGAGUGCUCAGCGACAUCAUCUCCGGCCAAGCCUGGACCGAGACGCAGAUCUUUCCCAGAGUCGGCAUGUGCAGACAGACGGUGCAACAUGUCGCCUCGCCCAACAAGGUGUUUGCCCAAUGCGUGCUGCCGAUCAACAUGUUGAAUGAGAAAAUAUACGUCUUUCUAUUCUUCUUCAUCUCCGGCGUCCUCUGCAUCACGAUGGCCAGCAUUCCGCUCUGGCUGGUGCGAAUGGGCCUGAAGAAGUUUCAACGCCACUUUGUGGAUCGAUUCGUCAGCGAAUUCCUGCGUCAAGACGGUCACUUCAUCCUACGCAUGCUGUCCAUGAAUGCUGGCGAUCUGAUCACGGUGGAGAUUGUCUCGACUACAAAAAGGCCUACUCGGAUCGCGACUUCCGCGGGCCUCAACCGAUGCCAGGCAGCAGCGGAGGCGGCCUCCUCAAAGGCAGAUCAAGCGGAAUGA